GCGCGGCCUGCAGCCACUCAUUCGAACUAGGCUGUGGUUUGCUGCUCGGCUCGACGGUUUGACGUUUCGUGACAUGUUGUAGCCGAUGUGCCUAUCCAUCCUGGAUAAUUUUUAGUGUUAGGAGUGCUAUCGUUCCGUCGUCGUUAUGCCUGCUUAUCACUCGAGCUUUACGAGCAAAACCCAUGGCACCAUCGGAAACAUGGCACUGUUGCCGAUCAAAACCACAUUCAGGGGUCCCGCGCCUCCUUUUAAUAAUAAGGAACAAGACAUCAUUGAUGAGGCAUUGUAUUUCUUCAAGGCAAAUGUAUUCUUCAGAACAUAUGAGAUUAAGAGCGAGGCUGACAGAGUUUUAAUCUACAUCACCCUAUUUAUUACCGAAUGUUUAAAGAAACUGCAAAAAUGCGCAACCCAGCCACAGGCCAUGAACGAAAUGUUCUCCCUCGCUAUUUCCAAAUUCGAUAUCCCCGGUGAUCCUGGCUUUCCCUUGAAUUCAGUAUAUGCCAAACCAAGCAGUCCUGCUGAAGCUGAUCUCAUGAGGCAAUAUCUUCAUCAAAUCAGGCAAGAAACGGCUGUUAGAAUCGUUGAAAAAGUAUACGGCGAAGACGGAAAGCCGAGCAAAUGGUGGCUCUGUUUCGCGAAAAAGAAAUUUAUGGACAAGUCGCUAUCUGGUCCUGGCCAAUGAGUUAUCUCUCCUUUAUUGUUUUGAGAAUGUGCAUGAUUGAAAAAAUAAACCGGUUAAGAAAAAA